AUGAGCGAUACGCCAACUCAUCCCAACGUCAAGCGUUCAACCACUCCGGCGUCUCACGGCAAGGAUGGUCUCCUCCAGAAAGAAACUAUUCAACUGCGUGUACAGAAGGUGCCUUUCCUCCCACGGCUACCCUUCCUUGUCGAGGCACGGACGAAACUGCCCAUCAUUGGCGGCCUGCUACUCACUUGCUCGCCCAGCAUCUAUCUCUACUCUCUAGAGACAAGCCGCGACGACCAUCACCAGCGCACAGACCCGAAUCUCCUCGUCUGGACGUACUUCCUCACCGGCACCGUAGGCAUAGCGGUCGCCAUGCUCGUGCAAUCUAUUCUCGCCUACCUGCUCGCCUUCCUCUGCUUCAACGGCCACACCAAUGCAACGACGUACCUCGCCGAGACGAUGAAAACCGAACACGACGACAUCAAGGAUGAAGCUCACCGCAGGAGAAGACUCGAAAUGUCCCGUCGCCCAGGGUAUUGGGUGUUCAUGCUUUUCUUCUCGUUUGUGGUCGCCGGCCUGGUCGAGGAGGUGGUCAAGUACAUUGCGACCACCACCAUGCUUGGUCUUCUUGCUCAACGGUCCCCGUCGUCGCACGGUAGUAGAAUCGGCUCUGCGCGUGAUCACAUCGCCAUCGCCGUCUCGGCCGGACUGGGCUUCGCCACUGUGGAAAACAUAGCCUUCUUCGCGGCAGCCCGUCGACGCAAGCCCAGCGGUGACGCCGCUCCUGCCGCCCCGAACGAGAGCCAGAAAGCCGCAAUGUUUGCCCUCCUCACGGCCGUUGAAAGAGUCCUGCUGGGCAUCCCGGGGCACGCGAUGACAGCCGCACUGAUCGGGGUCAACAUGCUCGUCCGCAACCACCAGCAGCAUCGUCUCGGACACGGACACGAUUUCUCUGGCGCCUCCAGCAUGAUGACUAGCGCAUGGCUGGUCGUGCGCGACUCGGUGCUGUUCCACGGGUGUUCUAACUUUGUGCUCUUCGCCGUGAGCGCCGCCGAGGGGAACGUCGGCUGGGUGCAUCCGCGACGAGCCAGGACCGUGUGUUUCGUCCUGGCUGUCCUGGCAGGUUUGCAGGCCGUGUUGGCACUUGUGCUGCGUGCCAGGCUGUGCCGGUGUGGGCUGUGUUGA